GCCCAAACUUCACUCCAGACCCAAAAGCAUACAAGGUGAGUAGUUUUCUUCAGAUUGUAUCUGUACAAUAUAGAUAGAUAUAUGAGAUAGAUAUUUUCCACUAUCUCUGACAAAAUCUGCUCUCCGAUGCCAAUUUUAUCUCUGUACCAUCAUCUGUUGCUUCUUUAAUUCUCCCAAAAAAUAAAAUCAUGGAACCCAAAUUCUGUAUAAAUUUAUCCCAAUCCUCACCAACUAUUGUUGUUUUUCCUUCCUUUCUCUCAUACAAAUCUGCUAUGCUUCAUAAACCAAAAGUUUCUGUAGAGGUUCCCUUGUCAGUUUCUACGAAGCAAUCAGAAAAUACUCCAUUUUGGGGUAGAAGUUUGGUUUUGCAAGAGAGGAAUGAUUAUUUGGGGAUCGCGAGAAAAACCCAUUUCACAGUUAGAGCAAUUGUGAAGAGAAGGAAAGAGGCUCCUUUUGAUAAUGUGAUUCAAAGGGAUAAGAAGCUCAAGUUGGUUUUGAAGAUUAGGAAGAUUUUAGUGAGCCAACCCGAUCGAACUAUGGCACUUCGCGAAAUGGGUAGGUUUAGAAAAGUUUUGGGUCUUCAGAAAAAGAGAAGAUUUAUUGCUUUGUUGAGGAAAUUUCCGGCAGUAUUUGAGAUUGUGGAAGAAGGGGCUUAUUUGCUUCGGUUUAAAUUGACACCUGAGGCUGAGAGGCUUUAUUUGGAGGAGAUGAAGAUUAAGAAUGAGAUGGAGGAUUUGUUGGUUGUUAAGCUAAGAAAAUUAUUGAUGAUGUCUGUGGAUAAACGGAUUCUUUUGGAGAAGAUUGCCCAUUUGAGAACUGAUCUUGGGCUGCCUUUAGAAUUUCGUGACACAAUUUGCAGGCGAUACCCACAAUAUUUUAAGAUUGUUGUGACUGGACGAGGUCCAGCCUUAGAGUUAACUCAUUGGGAUCCUGAGCUUGCUGUUUCUGCAGCUGAGCUUGCUGAAGAGGAGAAUAAAGCAAGAGAGCUAGAGGAGAAAGAUCUAAUUAUUGAUAGGCCAUUAAAAUUUAAUAGAGUUACACUACCAAAGGGUCUUAAACUUUCAAAGGGUGAGAUGAGAAGGAUUUUUCAAUUUAGGGAUAUGCCUUAUAUAUCACCUUACUCCGACUUCUCUGCACUUAGGGCUGGUACUUUAGAGAAAGAAAGGCAUGCUUGUGCUGUUGUUCAUGAGAUGUUGAGCCUCACUAUUGAGAAAAGAACUCUUGUGGAUCAUCUCACUCAUUUUCGAGAGGAAUUUAGAUUCUCUCAGCAGCUUAGAGGGAUGCUGGUAAGGCACCCUGAUAUGUUUUAUGUCUCCUUGAAAGGAGAUAGGGACUCAGUUUUUCUGCGGGAAGCAUAUCGUGAUUCUCAAUUGGUAGAGAAGGAUCGUUUGUUGCUAAUCAAGGAGAAGCUUCGUGCGCUUGUUGCUGUUCCAAGAUUCCGAAGGAGUGUUUCAAAAACUGAAUCAGAUGGGGCAGAAGGAACUAGUGAGCCACGAGAAGGAAGUGGUGGGGAGGACGAGGAAGAAUGGUCUGAUAUUGAUAAUUUGGGUAGUGAUGGUUUUGAUGAUGAGGAUGAAUAUAUUGAUGACGAUGAUGAGGGUGAUUGGAGUGAGGAAGAUGAUGAUGUGCUACCUGACUUUGAAGAAGAUGAUGGAAAUGUAACCCUUGGACCAAGCAAACCAACUAGACAGGUAGAUAACUCAACAAAGCAUGAAGGGAAGGUUCUUGUUCCUAUGUUCCCUGAUGGUCGACAAAGAGAACGCUGGUAAAAGUAUGGAUAUUUUCUUUAUAUCUUUGAAGGGCCAAUUCACGGGGUGCUUACCAGAAAGAACGAAUUUUGCUGCUUGGAGGUUCUGCAUUUCUUUUAGAACGGCAGUCAUGAAUUUUCCUCCUAACUUCUAGGUCUAGGAAAGUGGUCAGGGAAAGAGGAUCAUCAAUCAUAAAUUUUGCCUCUUUGCUGCCGUGUAGCAAAAUGCAAUCUCUUUAUUCGUAUUGAUUACAAAACAAGACAGCACUGCACCAACUGCUAGGUCUGUUGAGAUUGACGGAUGCUUUUUUGUUAAUAUAAAAUAUUAUUUGCUGUUUCUGAAAGAACCAAGUUAGAUUUUUCUUAUUACAUUUGGAAAUUUACUGAUACAUCUGUCUAGCUUGUUUAUUUUGUGAAUUGCUAGGUGUGAUGCUCAAGACUGACCAAGUGACCAGUAUCGAAUGUGGCCACUAAGUAGGUGAUAACUGGCAACUGAAUUUUGUUGACCACAAAUGUUUUUCUAUAUUUGGAUGAAUGGAAUGGCUGUACUUAUCCUUGUGCGUUGCCCUUAAGAUUUGCAAGCAAGUGGACCAAGCUUCUUGCCAAUUGCUUUGUGAUCUGGAAGGAGCUACUUAGCUCGCCUUACAGACAAUGUUCCUCAGUUUACCUUAUGUGCUUCUUGGUGUUGGCUGGGUGCUAGGUGUUGAUUGGCCUUUGUAUUUUGCUUACAAGUAAGGCACAAAUGACAGCAAGUGAAGUUGAACUGCUUGCCUAUAGUAACAGUGAAUUUUGUGUGUUGCAUUUACAAUUUGACAUGUUGUGACGCCAUUUCUAACUUUUUUUUCUCAAGUUGUUUGCUAGCAAAUUGUUGAGUAACCAACGAAGUCUUCUUUCCAACUAUUUGGAGUCAGCUUAUUUUGAAUUUAAUGUCUGUCCUACUGAUUUCAAUACACGAGUUCACCUGCCAUAGCUGCAAUCUGUCUUUGAACUGAGAUGAUCCAGAGAAUGUUGAUGCUAAGAAAAUGGCAAAGCCCCGAUUCAUGAAGACUCUUCAGGAUCUUUUGCAGCAUGCAUGAUGAUGAACUUUUUGCGAACCUCAUGAGUUUCGGCAUAAAACUUUAGUAUUGGGAUACGCUGUUGGAUACUUGGGUUACCUGGAGAGUCUGCAUGCCACAUAGGAACUGCAGUUAUGUAUGAGCAUGAUCUGAGACCGCACACUUGGGCAUGGCAAAACUUUCUAGUUUGGGUUGGGAAAUAAGUGAGCCUCUAUGUUUUGGUUACCUAUGAAAGUGAAAUAUUUUGGAAAACUGCUUCCAAUCAUCUUCAGUUGAAUGGUUUCAACUUGUUCUUGGUCAUGCUGGUGUCUGUGAUGCUCAUUAUCCGUCCAUAAAAAUCGUGGCUGGACCUUAGAACAGGAU